AGACACCUGUGACCGCCGCGGGAUGUCUGUAAACGUGGAAGGGAUAACAUGGCUACUGCCUGGUGACGUUCCGUUCGACCGUCGCGGUAUCAGAUGCUCCGAAAAACAUCUGGCGACAGUUUAGCUACGUGCUGCCGAUAGCGUUUCGCCGUAGAGGAUAUCGCGCGAGGAGAAACAUCGUCCGCGAAGACGCUCGUGCAACCAUGAUGAACAUGUGGAAAGUGCGGGAGCUGAUGGACAAGGCGACCAACGUCGUAAUGAAUUACACGGAAACAGAGGCCAAAGUUCGGGAAGCAACCAAUGAUGACGCAUGGGGUCCUACAGGGGCGAUGAUGCAAGAGCUGGCUCAAGCUACGUUCACGUACGAGCAAUUUCCAGAGGUGAUGUCCAUGCUCUGGAAAAGGAUGUUGCAAGAGAAUAAACGAAAUUGGCGACGAACGUACAAGUCAUUGCUCCUUCUUAAUUAUUUAGUUCGUAAUGGUUCGGAACGGGUUGUCACGUCAUCACGCGAACACAUCUAUGAUCUCAGAUCCUUAGAGAAUUACACCUGCAUUGAUGAGUUUGGGAAAGAUCAAGGAAUAAAUAUUAGACAUAAAGUUAGGGAAUUGAUUGAUUUUAUCCAAGAUGAUGAUAAACUUAGAGAAGAAAGAAAGAAGGCUAAGAAAAAUAAAGAUAAAUACGUUGGCUUAUCGAGCGAAGCGAUGGGAAUGAGAUUCGGGGGUGGUGACAGAUGGAUGGACAAUCCUAAAUGGAAUAAAUCCAGUACAGAAACAUAUAACGACUGGGACAAUCGUGGAAAAGGAUUUGAAGAUACAAAUAACAGCGACGAUGGCGAAAGAGAAGACUCAGACAAUGAUACUAGCCCAAAGAAAGGUGGGAGAGAAUACAGGGAUACAUUGGACAAUAUCAAUCAAAUUGGUAAAUCUGCUCAAAUAUCUAUACCUUCUACAAAUACAUCUCCGGCACGCACAACGAGAACUAUCAAGAAAGUAGAUCUUGGAGCAGCAGCCAAUUAUGGAAAAGAGCAAUCUAAUAAUAGUGCACCAGUACAACAAAGUAAUAAUUUAUCAUCGCCAACAAAUAAACAGAAGACCAAAAACGAUAUAUUAAAUGAUAUUUUUGAAUCGCAGAGUGAUAAUAACAGAUUAGACGAUGAUGAUUUCAAUCCAAGGGCGAAUACUCAGUCUUUCGCUCAAUCGCAAAAUGCAAAUUUAGAUUUUGGUGAUUUUACUAGUGUGUUUAAUAAUCCCACGACGGUUAAAACGAAGGACAGCAACGACGAGUUUGCCGAUUUCACGUCUGCCUUUAACAAUGUCGCUAUAUCCAAUCUCCCGAGUCAGCCGCAAACACAAAUCAAUUUGAUGGGUAUAGCAAUACCAACUGUAAAUAAUCCGACGGCAAAUAAUGCGAACAUUGGUAAUACAAUGCACGCCAAUACAAUGCAGACAACAGGCACAAUGGCUGGAACUGCUGUCAUACAAAACUCUAAAACAACCAACGAUUUAUUUGAUUCUUUACCGCAAGAUCUGAAUAAUCAGAUAACAAAUAACAAUACAGUGACUUCAAAUACGGACCUUUUGUCGGAUUUAGAUAGUUUAAAUACCCCAUCCAUGAGGUUACCUGAUGAUCGAAUAAGCAGCCCUAACAAUACAAACAUCUUCAUAGGAAUGAACAACGCGCCUUCCAACACCGUCAAUUACGCAGCCUGUAAAAACGAAGAGAAUGUUUCGUCAACUGAGAAUCUCUCGAAUAAUGCCGCCAAUCAAUUAUUGGAAGUGUUAUGCACCAUGUGCAGUAUUAAAAGUUCCGUCGAUUUGGAAAGAAUAAGAUCAUCUAUCUUGAACUAUACCAGAUUUUUACCGGGGCCUGUUACUACUCAAAAAUAUAGCGGUCUUGAUUCCAAUGCAAAAGUGGAUACUGUAUUAUAUGGAAGAAUCUUGGAAGAGAUAAUCGAUAAAUUCGAUCGCGAUUGGCCGCUAAUAAAAGAUAAAAACGGCUUGGAUCCCUUGAUCGAAAAAUUGAUAAUUGUCGAUGGUGCGACGGUUUUCAUGUUAUCGGAGUCUUUGAGGGCUUUAACUACAACUUUGAACGAGACCAAAGACGAAAGUAAAAUUCGUGUUGUUUCUAUAUUACUGGAAAAUCUGUUGAAAAGCGAUGCGAUAUUUUCAGGAAUAGUGGACGCAUGUAGAUACGAGGUGCAAUCUUACAUGCAAGAGGAAGAAUUAGAUCAGGCUUGGUUGAAUACAACACAAAUUUUGGUCUCCUUGCCCAACCGCGUAUCUAACAAAUUGCAGUUUAAUACACCUAAAUCAUAUACACCGCAAGUUUACGUGAACACGCUCUGUUUUCACAUCUCUCGCGCGAUAUCGUUUAUCAAUGCUGGAUUAUGCAAAUGUAGCAUUGAACCAAGAACAGUUGUACUCUCAUCUUUAAUUAGUAAGAUUGUAAUUAGCUUAAAACCGAUUAAUUUUAUCUGCUUCGUCGAUAUUUUGGAGGAGUGGUGUUUUGAAAAUAAAAAAAACGAGCGACACUUGGUCGAAAGCAUAUUUCGCGAAUUAAAUUCGGCCGCCAUCGAAUAUAUUGCGGUAUUAUUCUUGAAGCGUUGCGAUCCUAAGCUCGGUAUGCGUUCCGUUUUUGGAAAUUUAUUAAUGGAACAGAAUUGGAGAUACAUUUUAACGACGAAAAUACCUUUAAUGCGUUACUACGAGAACGAAAAUUUAAUUGUAAACUUGAUUUCCUACUUGUCAUGUUUUUUGAAUGAGAAUAAUAUUUUACCGGAAUUACUGAUCAAACUCUUGGAAAUGUGGAGCGACGGGAGUAUCUUGAAUCACGCAUCCGCGGAACAGCACGAAUACAUUACGAAGCUGAUUAUCCUGUCUGUAAAAACAUGUAAAGAUCAUUUAAAACAAACUGAAAGAGACCAGUAUCAGAAAUUAUUGCUUUCGGGAGUAUCUGUUCAUCUUGAGUGCACAAAUAUAUCUCUAAGAGCGAUGGGUAUGAUGACCGCUGAGAUUUGUAUAAAUUUUUUAUCUACCACGGAUGAUAUGCCAAAAUUAAAAUUUGAAUACGACAACAUGCCUACAAAAGUGUUGAAAUUACUCGAGUCUCUAAAGAAUCUAAAUGCAUCAACUGUAGAUGCGAAAGAACGAUACGGACGAAGCGACGAGUUGAUUACCGAGAAUAUCAUCUUCGAUUCUCUAAGUAGUAGGAAGAUUUACGAAUUGGGCGUCGAAUGCGAUAUCUUACCCGAUCUUGAGAAGAAGCUACCGAACGGAGAAAUCGAAGACAGUCCGUGUUCGUUAAAAAAUGACUCGUCGAUAAAGGAUAAUUCAACAAGUAAGAACAAAAAGGAGCAACAGAUGGGACAAGAUUGUGAGAACACUUCAGAUCUGGAUAGCGAUGAUGAUCUAGUUCCUUAUGAUAUGAAUGACGACAAACCGUCCAAGAAAGUACGCCCGAUGUAUCUACGAGAUGUGCGCGAUAAUUUAACAGACGAACGAACCAUUUCCGAUCCCGAUAUAUUCUCCGAAUCCUUAUCGGUCUGUGAAGAACUGAUAUUAACACAGCUACCGAACGACGAUGUAUCCUUUGCUAUAGAACUCUUGCAACUUCUCGUCACAUUGAAGCAACAUUGUUAUUUCGAGAACUUUGAACUUGUGAUCUUCAAAUCUUGCGUAGCGAUUGUGACCGUGUAUCCGAAAGAAUCUGCCGAGUUUCUGUGUAAAGAGUUUUACGAGGACGUCGGAAAGUAUUCGCUCAACCAGCGCUUAUUGUUUCUGGAUAUACUAGCCGAAUCUGCCAAGCAGUUAUCAAAAAUCCAUGUUGAUAACACAAAUAACGACGAAGUUGAUACGGCGAUUAAGGAGAAACGAAUUCCGAGUCGGAUAUCGCUCUUUAUGGAUACGGAGGAACGUAAGAGACAACAAGUAUGGUACGAGGAAGAUAUCGACAUUGAUCUAGAAGCAUCGAAAGAACAAUCUAUAGACUGGCAAGAAAUCGUCGACAAGAGAAUUGCAUCGCGUACAAGACGAUUUGCUCAUAAUAGCCUCUCAAAAGCUCCCAAAGUAUACAUUAAUCACUUUGGCAAUGUCGUAUCAUCAUUUUUCUAUCCGCUUCUACACGGUUUUGGCCAUUACGAUACUUAUAAAUUGAAAGGUUUGAGGAUUUAUACAGAUCAAGAGAACAUAUUACUGCUACGUUUCCUGAAAACAUUGUCCGCCAUAAUGUUAGCAGCACAGAAUUGUCCAUUGGCACCAAAGAUGGGCAAGGAAAUAUUAGAACUUACCUGGACAGUGAGGAAUCAUGAGGAAGCGACAGUGAGAUUAGUUGUUACAGAGAAUAUUGGAUCCGUGCUCAUCGCAGUGCCAAAAGAUGCUAUUGUUGAUGAAUUGUCUGAGCCCCUGAUGGAAAUAAGAGAAUGGCUUAUAUUGUCACAGAAUGUCAUCUAUGGCGAACACGAUGCGAAUUGUAGAGCUUUAAACGCAAAAGUGUUGUCCUUCAUUGACACGAUAUUUGGAUCUACUUUUCAUAUCGCAUAGACUAGAUUAGAGAGAAUAGUAGUCACAGUCAUGUUAUUACAAUAUUGUGUCAGAAAUAAUUCUUUAUCAUUUUUAUAGUAUUAUAUAGUAAUUAUAAAUUUAUUUAUGUAUAUGUGUACAAUGUAUACAUACAUUUACAAAUAGAAUACAUUUCUUUUUAGAAUUAAUUUUUCUACUUAAAUUACAAAGAAAGAUUACGUUGUAAAAUUCAUAAUUUUAUAAAGGAGGGUGAUUACAUGUAAUAAAAAUUAAAAUAAAGGCUUUAUUGUAUAGUGUAAUUUUAAAAAUUGAUAAUUCAAUCAAAUAAAUUAAAUCAUAUAAUAUGAAUAUCUCAACAAUAUUAAAAGAAUUUGAAUUCCAUGAGGUAAAACGUUCAAUUCAUUGACAUAAAAUGUAAUAUUAAAUAUGUGUUUACAAUGAGAUUAUCAUGAUUAUUUUCAUUUAUAUUCAUGUUAUAUAACACAUAUAUUAUACUGAAUAAAAUU